AUCUCGACCGCAGCCGCCGCCGUCCAUGGAUUCCCAGCCCACCAUCAGUUCGCAGCCUAACCUUCUCGACUUUGUCGCGGCCCUCGACAAUGUCCGGGCAAUCGUAACGGUGCUCAAAGCCAUCUCUUACAAGGAGCAUGUGAUCUGCUUCAUCACCCGAAUCGGCCUCACCUUCAUAGUCCAAGACUCGCAGAGCGCCCAGUCGAUCGCAUAUAUGCGGCACGAGCUGUUUCGUGAAUACGCUUUCCCCUCGCUCGAUUACCAGGCGGGCGAGGAAGCGAGCCCCGAAAUCUCGUUUUCCGUCAACCUCCAGAAGUUGAUUGAGUGUCUGUCGAUCUUUGGAGGCAUGUCGAGUGUGCCUUACGGCUCGGCAUCAUCCUCGUAUACGACCUCAAACCAGCACGAUCUCAAGUCGGGUGUCCAGACGACGCUUCGCAUGCACUACGCCAAGGCCGAAGGGACCCUAAAGCUGAUCCUCGAGGACCAGGGCGUCGUUACAGUCUGCAAGCUCCGCACAUACGUUGCCGAUCCGACAGUAGAGCUUCGAGCCAACUUCAAUGCCUCUCCAACGACCAGCAAGCUCAUCAUCAACUCCGAGUGGCUCAAGGGCGCCUUCAGCGAGCUGGACGAAACAAGCACUUCGAUCCGGCUCUUGAUCUCUCCCCGACCACCGUACUUUCGGAUAUCGGCCUCAGGGCUGUCUGGCCAAACCAACAUUGACUAUCCCAACGACACCGAUGUGCUUGAGGGAUUCACAUCGCAGGCGACGCAGACAUACAGCUACAACCAAAAGUUGUUUGUGCCCUGUCUCAAGGCCUUGGCGCUGUCGACAAAGACAUCAGUCAAGAUCAACUUGGAGGGAUUUUUGUUCCUGCAGUUUCUCAUUCCAGUCGGAGAGAAGGCCAACUGCUUUGUCGACUUCCUGUCGUGCCCAACAGUCGACGACUCGGACCAAGACACAGAUGAGGAUUAGAUUGAGUGCAUAGUUUCUGUCCAAGCGAUAUAGCGACUUUGGAAACGGGCGCUGCUGGACGGCCGUAGCGACAUCAACGCCCCCGGAUCGCAUCGUAUUGGAUCGACGACCCACUGCGUUGCCAGACAUAUAUCGGACACAUCAUCGGCACUAUGCCGCACUAUGCAGACCAAGCACGGACCAAGCACGCCACCAGUAUGCGCCCUCAUGCUCAGCGCCGUCAGCACCAAAUGCAAAGCCAAAUUGCGACUCGCUUCGUCGCGCCCGCUCCAGUCGGAAAUACAUAGAGCUGCAAUUACGA